AUGGCGCCCCCGCCCGAGGCUUCGGAUCCGGCGUACGUCACGGGUGCCGCCACGCUGCGCUCCGCUAAGCACACGGCGCGGUACAGCAAGGCUCGUAAAGACGAUCCCGGACCCGUCGCUCCGCGCGGGGCGCUCCCGGCCGAGGUCAUGGAGACUUGCGUCAUCUCCUACGACCGCUCCGUGCACGACCUGGCUCCGGCUGUGGCUCGACUCCUGAAGCGCGCGGGGCCCGCGGUUGGAAGCUGGCCGGACCCGGACCGGUGCGGAGAUCUGGAGGACUUCGUCGUGCCGGCGCAAUCGCUGAGGGACAGCAAGGCGGGCUCGUGCGAUGAGGCUCAGGCGCACCUCGCGGACGUUGUCGCCGCUGACGAGAGCCGCGGCGGACUGCUUCAGUCCUUCGACGCCUUCGUGUGCGAGCGGGUGCUUCCGGAGCUGAAGAGAAGGCUGGCGGCGUGCGGGGCGCUAGCGAACGAGCACGAGCCGGUGCGGUUCUGGUAUCAGAGGCCGCCGACGCUGAGGCUCCAGCCCGGGCCGUCCACCCGGUUCGUCAGGGCGCACGCCGACGCCGAUUACGGUCAUCAACACGGCGAGCUCAACUUCUGGAUGCCGCUGACGUGCCAGUCGAGGACGAAGACGACGAUCUGGCUGGAGUCCGAGGCGGGGGCGGGAGAUUACUCGCCGCUGGACAUCGCGGUGGGUCAGGUUGCGUUGUUUCACGGGACGUCGCGGCGGCAUCACGUCCCAAGGAAUCCCACUAGCUCGACGAGGGUGUCAAUCGACUUCAGGGUCGGCGUGGAGGGGUACUUCGACCCGGGAUGGUCCAUGAAGGGGACCAGGGCGGAUCACAGCAGGAUGCAGGUGAUGUUGUGA